AUGGACGGAGAUUGGAGCUGGCGAGUCCCACUCAUUCUGAAAGCCCUUUUUCCCGCAAUCGUCUGUGUCACCAUCUACCUGUUGACCCCUGAGUCGCCCCGUUACUACGUCAUGCGCGGGAAGAGGGACACUGCCAAACAAAUGGUCGCCAAAUACCACACGAUCAGUGGCAAGAUCAAUGAGCCCAUUGUUGAGAUUGUCGUCUCACAGAUUGAGGCGUCUCUUGAGAAUAACCGGACGAAUUUCAAUCAGUCCUGGGACUUAUUGACCGCCAUCGGAGCACUCAUCGUCGACAAAUUCCGGAGACGCAGGCUGAUCCUCACGGGUCCCGCCAGCAUGAUUAUAUUCCAAUUUGCGACGACCAUCACCUCCUGGCAAUAUAAGGUAACGGAGAGUCGCGCAGCCGCUGCGCUCACUAUCCUGUGGAUUUAUCUCUACCAGACCUCCUCGCCACCCUGA